AUGGUUUCAACUCGAUCAACCCCAAGAAACCCAACUCAAUUGGAAAGAGGUGGCAGAAACCCAACUCAAUCCGACAGAGGUGGCAGGAGAGGUGGCGGUCGCGGUGGCGGCCAAGUAGGCACUGCUUCAAGAAGAGGUGGAUUGCGUAGAGAUAAUGGAUCCGAUUCCGAUGAUCAGAGCCUCGACCCAGACUGGACUAAUUCUGGAUUAACAUUGGAAAACUAUGAAAGCCAAAUCGACAAUUGGACAGAGAAGCAACUCCGCGAGGUCCUUGCAAGACGAAAAAACACUUCCAAUAGGAUGUCAACCGAGAUUCAGGAGGCUCUCCAAUUUCACAAGUUACAUUACACCAAAAUAAAGCUCAUGUUAGCUUUGGUUGGUAAUGUCACUUCACAGUUGGUUGACUCGUUUCAAGGGGAAGAUCGACCAAGAAGACGCAAAAGCAACUGGAAUUGCUAUGUUGCAUUCAGUCAAGAGAGUGCGGAUACACCAGUUCCUCACAAGGGAUCGACAUUAGGGUGGGAUGAGAGGAAUGGCCACCUUGGGGAGGCUUGGAGGGCCUUGUCUCCAGAUGAACAAUCCGUAUUCGAUGCCAAGAUAUUCAGACAUUUCUCUAAGAUACCGAUUCCUUUUGAUGAUGAUCUGGAUGAAGAUGAGGAAGACGAAAAUAAUCAGGCUGCCGAUCUCCUCACCCCUGAUCAAGAUGCCUUAUUUCGCCCACUAUACGAACGACUAGUCAAUCAUGUCAAGGUCAAGUUGGUGGCAGAAAAGUUUCCUCAAGUCAAUUCAAACUCCAAAAGGGAGAAACAGGUGGUGAAGCAUGUCAAUAGGAUCAACUUGGAGCUUUUUACCAUAGCCAACUCCUACAACUUGACUUUCUAUCUGCUCACAUCAACUCAAUAUGCUGGAAGCAGGAGCUUUUGCAAAGAACUGUCCAAUGAUCCAGUCUGGAUUCAUGUUGCUGAAGAUCAAUGGAACGCUUUUUCAACUUUUGAAGCCUAUAGUCAAGGCAGAGCCAUUCUAAGUGUUGUUGACGAAGGUCCGGACAAGAGAAAAAGAAAAUAUCGGACACUAUUAGGACUAAGCUAA